AUGAACCACAUUUUCUCCCGCUUAUACACCUUUACUAGAAAUCACGUGAAAGAAGCCGAGGACACCCCAGGACGAAUCGUAGUAAUUGUCUGUGACGGUUCGCAAGGCUCGUCAGGCAGACUGCUUGGCAUAAGUGAUGAAUGCAUACAACAUAGUUGCAAUACGUAUGGAGCCAUUGCUACGCUGGAUCGAAACAACGAAAAGCAAGAGGUUCCAAUGUCUGAAAAACGGAUCCAUCAUCUGACCUUUGACCUGACAUCUUACGGCGCCGAUUCUCUUGACGAGAAAUACACGCCGGGUUUUAGCAUGAAACUGUUUGGAAGCAGUCGCCAUCGCUACAUGACUCUCGUGACUCCAAAAUGUGAAUCCAAAUGUGUUAAGGCGUUACGAGUUAUUCUUGAUCGAUCGAUGAUGCGGAACAUUUUCAUGAAAUGUUUCAACACGUUCAGAUCCGACAACGAGGCCAAACUAGCGGAAUCAGAAGCCCUCAAGAAUAUGAAGUUCAGUCCCAGACUCUUUGAGAUUAAACUCUUUCAGAGGCACGAGAGUGUGGCCUACUAUUCCGACCCGGAUAUCUUCAUUUUGGCAGAAGGUGAUGCAGCCAGAUGUUAUAAUUUCAGCACAGGUUAG